CCCACCCCAUCCCACCCUUGCUGGGACACUUAUUGGCUGAUCCAGCUGCAGGUGAGUCCCGCAGCUCCCCGUGGCAGCAGGCAUUGCCCUGGGCAGCAUGUGCAGCGCUUCCCAAGCCUGUCAGGCUGCGCCACGUUCGCUUACACGCGGCUUUAUAAACAGGAGGUGCAGAAGCUUUCUCUGCUCUUUCCUGCGGUUUCAAUCCAGUCUUUUUCUCCCACCACAGCCUUUGCUAUGGCUGGCCUGAAUGUCUCCAUUGCUUUCUUUUUCCUGGUGGUUGGGGUGUGCCAGGUGCUUAGGCAGCUUACCAAGAGGCUCCUGUCCCCUGGAGCAUACGGCUGCCUUGCCAGAGAACUUGCUGGCUCAUUACAGCUGUGCAUGAGCUGCCUUGAGCUGAGGAUGCUGGUGGAGAUCGGCCCGUGGGGUGGCGGCUUUGGUCCGGACGUGGUCCUGACGCUGCUCUUCCUCCUCUUCGCUGUUCACGGCGCCUCUUUUGAUGGAGCAUCCGCCAACCCGACCAUCUCUCUUCAGGAGUUCCUGCUCCUCGAGUCCAGCCUUGCAGCAACUGCUACCAAGCUGCUGGCCCAGGGUGCAGGCAUGGGCAUGGGCUGGGCUAUCACCAAGCUCUACUGGUCCUGGGAGCUGACGCAAUUCCACCUCAUCCAGAACCUGAUAGCAUCAGAGUGCAGCUCCUCCAUCCGCACCUCUCUGCACCACGCUGCCUUUGCAGAAGGCAGCUGCUCUUUCCUUUUCCACCUUGUCCUUCUCAAGUUGCGACAGAGUCACCCAGUGUACCAGGUCCCUGCACUGGCAGCGACUGUCACCUUCCUGAGCUACGCAGCUGGACCACUCACGGGGGCCUUCUUCAACCCUGCCCUGGCUGCAGUUGCUGCCUUCCACUGCUCAGGGAGCAGCUUUUGGGACUACAUCCGUGUUUACUGGCUGGGACCCCUCGCAGGGAUGCUCACUGCCCUCUUGCUAUACCAAGGCAACAUCCCACGACUCUUCCAGAAAAACCUCCUUUACAGACAGAAGAGUAAAUACAAGGUACCCAAGGCAAAGGUGGUGGCACAUGUGGAGGGCGAUGAACCACGGCAGAAGAGGAAAGGGGAGAAGAGCAAGUCCAAGCCCUGUGCCUGAGCCACACAUGGGCACCAAGGAGGUCCCAGCAGCCCCUCUCCUGGGAGCAGGUUUUUCAUCCCACCCAGCAUUCCUCCUGCCCAUUCAUUCCCUACCUCAGGGUGAGAUACUUCUUUGGAAGCAUCGCAAAGGAAUCGGCCAAGCUGGCCUUGCAGGAUGUCUGAAUCCUUGAGCUCCUUUGGGAAUAACUUGGAAGUCUCCCUGGAGAGCCCAAAAUGUUUUAAGUCUGCGUCACUAGCUUGAUGCGGGCAAAAAAACCCUAACACUUUUGCAUAAAUUGCUGGUUGUCUUGUAUUGCCAGGAAGCUUGUGGAAAGUCAGGACCAUCCCGUGGGCAGGCUUGAUGCAACUCCAUUGCAUCAUGCAGUGCUUGAAAUAACCCGACUUGCAGCCAUAAAAACAAAGUGUAAACCAGUAACUGCCUUGGAAACUUAGGAUGAGGAGGAAGCGGGCUUGAUCUUUCGAGUUACUAAAUGGAUAUUGGUCAAAAAUUGGUGUUCUUUGAGUUAAACUGAGAUCCUUGAAUUGAACAGGCUCAACCUGGCAGUUCUUGGAGAGGAAUUAAAAAUGCUCCAGGGCAAAGGAGUUCACCGGCUGGAGGAGACCCUGCUCCCCUGUGGACAUGGUGCUUAGCCUGAGUUUUGUGUGCUGUAAGGCAUCAAGAUAUAGCGCAAAAAGUGUGUGUGGUUAAAAACAAGACCCGGGCAGCCAGUACGUGCUGGUGUGGGUGAGCAAGUGCAUCCCCGACUCCUCUCUGUGUCCACGUGAAAUAUUCUUGAAGGUGAAAUUGCAGUUUAUGGAAAUCACAAUAAAAAUAAAUGUUGUGAUUGGCACUUGG